AAUCUAUAGUCAUUCGAGUUUGAGUCCUUUAUCGGUUAAGGUGAACUGUGAUUUGAAUAUUAUCUAUCUUGUUAAAACUACAAUUUCAUCUUAAAACUUAUUUAUUAAGGUGUUUGUGAAGAAAUCCCGCUGAUAUGAAACGUGCACAGAUUUUACGGCAGGUGUUGGUGGUAACGGGGCUGGCGUUUUGCAGUAUGUCCGAUGGGUUCAUAUUCGGGCAGAUGUCGGGCAUGGUGGAUGCACUCAACGGGAAGGAUAGCUCCAUACAGCUGAGCGAUGACGAGGUCUCGUGGAUUGCAUCUACAAUCAACAUAACAUGUUUCUGUGGUUUCGGCUUGAUAACGAUACUCACGGAGAAGUUUGGACGAAGGUUAACGAUCACAAUGGUCACUACACCCGUGAUAAUAUGCUGGAUCAUGGUCUACUUCGCUCAAGAUAAAUACACUUUACUAGCGUCUAGAGUAAUCGUUGGCGCGUCUUACGGUGGAGUUUUGAUUUUGACUUACGUAAACAUCGCAGAAUAUGUAUCGCCGAGUAUCCGAUCACUCUGUCUGAAUUUAAUGUCUGCAUGUGGAUCAUCAGCUGGUACUUUAUUAGGGCACGUUUUUAGUCUGUUUCUACAUUGGCGAGAGGUAGCGCUUAUUGGUUUAAUCCCAUCAGCGAUCUCCGCGAUUCUGCCCUUGUUUUGGGUAGAGAGUCCUUCUUGGCUAGCGACUAAAGGGCGUUUUAAGGAAUGCGAAUUGUCCUUCAAAAAACUCCGGACUAUUCCUAACAAGGAUGCCGAGUUCGAAUUAAAAAUGUUAAUAAACAGCCAAAGAGAAAACUAUAACAACGAAACAAAGGAUUCAAACAUUUUCACAUCUCUGAUAAUGAAAUACAUACGAGCAUGCAAAGAGAAAUAUUACAGGAGGAUUUUUAUCCUGAUGUUAGUGGUAUGCAUUUACAGAGUGGCAGCAGGACGGAUUUUAUUUAACACUUUGAUUAUUACAAUAAUCCAAGAUAUAACAGGGACGUCGGAUAUAUUGUAUUAUACAUUGGUAGUGGAUGGAUGUGCGUUGAUAGGUGCUGGUAUAUCGUGUAUUUUUGUGAGUAAAUUACAAAUGAGAACAUUGUUAUUCACAUCCGGCCCGAUAGCGAAUUGUGUACAGAUUAUAUUAGCUUUUUGCUUGUACUUUUGGACAGAUAAUACCUUUAGUUCGAGAUGGACGAAAGUUUCCCUGUUGGCUUUGUACUUUAUAUUGAUAUCAGCUGGACCGUACGCUGUGUUGGAGACUUUGUUAUCUGAGUUGCAUCCUUUGGAUAUAAAAGCGUCAUCGACGUUCGUAAUGGGCGCAUUGGCAGGCGUUCUUCAGUUUUUAAGUAUUAAAUUAGCAAAUUACUUAUUUUCGGUGAUCGGCCAUCAUGGAGUCUUCUUCUGCAAUGCUGCCAUCGUGUUCAUGUGUCUGGUGUAUCUGUACUAUUGUUUGCCGGAAACGAAAGGCAGAACGUUACAGGAAAUACAAUUUUAUUUUAUAGACAACAAAUAUGGUGAUAAAGAUCAGAUGUUUCGUUCAGAACCACAAUCGGAUGUUUUGUUAAGUAAAAUUAUUUAGAUAGAUAUUUAAGGAAAUUAAAUUAAUUUUAAGUAGGUACAUUUGAAUCUGAAUUAUCUUUAGCAUAACUUUUAAGUGACUAUUUCCUGUAAUAUAAUUAAUGUCAUUUUAUUUGACCUCUGUUUGUUUAAUUACUAAAGAUUCGUUACUUGUUUUCCUUAUUUUGGUCCGCCCGUCCCGUAGACGCGGCGGUUAGUAAUGGCGGUAAUUUUUGUGUAAGGCGGUGUCAAUUUUAGUUCAGGUUUCAGCCGCAGGAGUUCUUUCGUGGCGCGAAGUCUAUGUCAUGUUUGGCACAACCUUGAAAAAGGUACCCAGUUCAGCACUGCAUUGCAUGUACCAAGCAAUUAUUCGGCAUACAUCGCUGAUUUUUAGCUGAUACGUUUAACCAGAUAAUCAAGUUAAAUGUGGUUAAACUUAUCUUGUAACUUCUUCUUUCUUCUUAUUCCAAUGUAUAAUAAAAACUCUUUAAUAGAUAUAAAAUAGUUAGGUUAUACUAAAAGUUUGUUGUGUAUAAAAAUAUUCUGAGUCAAAUGCAAGGACUUCGGAGUUAAGUAAGUAUUUAAAUUAUUAGCAGACACCUCGUGGUUUCACCCGCGUGGUUCCCGUUCCCGUAGGAAUAUGGGAAUAAAAGCCUAAUAAAGCCUACACUAUCCCAGAGUUAUAUAAGCCUAUAUAACUCUGGGAUAGUGUAGCUUCCCAACAGUGAAUAGUAGAUUGUUAACCGAGGGUGGAAAGAAUCAAUUCCCGAGGUAUUUAGACGCCCGAGCGUAGCGAGGAAUUAUCGAAUAUAAGAAAGAUAAAACUAGCUGUUUAUCUAAACUGUUUAUUGAUAAUAUACUAGCGGAUGCCCGCAAGUUCAUCCGCCCUCUCGUAAAACCGUUUUUAGUGGACCUUUGCUAUCUAUAAACUACCUCCCUGCCAAAUUUCAUCUUUGUACGUGAAGAAGUUGUUGAGAUUUUGUGAUGAAUGACCAUUCGCAUUUAUAUAUUAAGAUUACAUAAAAACAUUAAGAGUGUGCAAUAUGUAAUUUGGUGGUUACAAAUGGUUCUGGAUCUCAGAUUCUGGAAUAGUUAGGAGCCUGAUAUUUGGGUAAAUGAUAUUUCAAAGUGUUAGCUUCGUUAUGACUAUACAAAAUACACAAUUUGUAAAACUUUUCUUGAUAGUUUAUUUUUUUGAAAAAUACAUGUUUUGCUCACAUUUUGCUUUCAAUCUCAGGAAAAGCAAACCUUUUUUCUUAAAUUUUUGUUUUGUAUAGAAAAUUAGGUAUAUAUCUUAAACAUGACCAUUUUGUUUUUCGUUAUGUUGUUUAAUUUACUUGCAAUUAGGUAAAAAUGGUUUUGGCUCACGUCAUAAAAUUUGCGUCGUGCGUCAAUCGCUCCGUGCUUUUUACUCACGUGAAAGUCAUAAUUAGGCGUCUCGUUUGCGCUUCGAAUUUUAUCCAUAUCGUACCGACGCACUGUGCGCUCUUAAAUUAUAUCUAAAAGAAAUUCAUCCUAAUCGAAGACCGGGAAGUGGGUCAAAUUAAGAUUCCAAGGUUUUCUUUCAUACAUAGUUACAAGCGUGUAAUGUCUUGAUGAUUCUACUUUAAUAAAGAAAUCAUUUACUUUGUCUGUCUUAUCAUAUUUUUAAUUCAUCUUUAGUUUGUUCAUAAUGGGGACAAGCUAAGAUCGUUGAUCAUACAUACAGCCUGAGUUUUACAAUAUUUUUUGAAGACUCAUGAUUGGUUUGUUUGUUCGUUUUCUUGUUGGUAACAGAAAAUAAUAAUACAAAAAAAUUAUAGUUUUAAAUGUUACUUCACCUUCACUUUGGUACACCGGCGAACAUUUUGCCCUAGUGAUAAAAAAAUGUAUUUUUCUUUAAGAAACAUGGUUUUAUUAAGCCAAUUAUUUAACCUAAUCCUUAUUUAUCUCAGACCAAUUAUAGAAGGACCUGUAUCGCACUCAUAGUCACGAACAAAAUUGUCUGUCAUUUUCUGAAGAAAAUGAGCUUAGAUUUGGUAUAUAUUUUAUACUAAAGUACGGUAUUUGCCCGUUUUUUUACACAACUCAAUUGCACAAAAAGGUAUUUUUACGGAGCUCUUUAACCGACGAACACGAUUACAACUAUUUAACAUCGAUUCUAUAGAGACAGUUUUUAUAAUCGCAUUAGAUCGUUGAUCAUAUAUUUUGACAGAAAAGUAAUGUCUAGCGAGGCAGGUCCUAUACAAUAAUUGGUCUGAGUUAUUUAUACAUCAUGUUGUCAUUUCCAUAUACUUUUAUACGGGGGUAUACCUGGGUUACCUGGCCGACGUUGUAUGGGCAUUUCCCUUUUGAAGUGAGUUAACCUUAUGAUGUAAUGUAGAUUUAUUAAUUGUAACAUAAGUGUGAUCUAGAUAUAAGAAGAGACCGCACGCCAGGGAGCAAAGCUCUGCAGAGCCACUUUUUUUUUUUUUUAUUCUUUACAAGUUGGCCCUUGACUACAAUCUCACCUGAUGGUAAGUGAUGAUGCAGUCUAAGUUGGACUCUAACUUGUUAGGAGGAGGAUGAAAAUCCACACCCCUUUCGGUUUCUACACGGCAUCGUACCGGCACGCUAAAUCGCUUGGCGGUACGGCUUUGCCGGUAGGGUGGUAACUAGCCACGGCCGAAGCCUCCCACCAGCCAGACCUGAACAAAUUAAGAAAAUCUCAAUCUGCCCAGCCGGGGGUCGAACCUAGGACCUCCGUUUUGUAAAUCAACCGCGCAUACCACUGCGCCACGGAGGCCGUCAUACCCAAGGUGUGCAGUCACUAUUUUGUAAAUUUUUGUCUUACUUUAAUCAUGUGUUACAUUUUUUUCAUUGAUUUUUUUAUUUCAUAUUGUAUGUUUGUGUUGUACUCAGCUAAAUAAAACAUUUUAUUAUU